UAAACCUCAUGGCCUCUGUGUAAAAUCUGUUGCAAAAUGGCGUAUUUUGUUGGUUUGCCAUAUGUUCCCGAUGGGAGGAUCAUUAUUAGUGUUCUUUUGAUGCUAUGUAUCGUUAGUGCUCAAAGAGAGAUCACCAUUCCUAACCUGGGUAAAGUCGAGGGGAAAAUAGUCAAUUUUGAAGAGGAUAAUUUCAUUGGUGUUUCAACAGAGAUAGAUGCAUUUCUGGGUAUCCCUUAUGCGGAGAACCCACCCACCCGCUUCGCUCAAGCCACGCCCAAAGCACCAUGGAGUGACGUAUGGAACGCCACUUACUUCAGAUCACCUUGUGCUCAACUCGGCAAUGAAGUAGAUACAUGGAGUGAAGAUUGUCUUCAUCUUAACAUCUUCGUCAAGCAUCCAAGACCUACCAAUGCAGCUGUGAUGGUAUGGAUCCAUGGAGGAGGGUUCUCCGUGGGAACAGGGUCUUCCUAUGGUCGAUAUGGUGUACCCCUGGUAGCUGUCGGUCAGGAUGUGAUCAUAGUCACACUCAACUACCGACUCAUGGUCUGGGGUGUUUUUAACACAGGAGAUGAUGUUGCUACGGGUAACUAUGGACUCCUGGAUCAGCAGCUUGCUCUGCAGUGGGUACAGGACAACAUUGGAGCAUUUGGAGGCGAUCCCAGCACAGUGACCUUGUUUGGAGAGAGUGCUGGAGCAGCAAGUGUCGGUUUCCAUCUUCUCUCAGAGGGAAGCAAAGACCUGUUCAACCAAGCUAUCAUGCAGAGUGGAACAUCUCUAUCACCAUGGGCACUUCGCCAUGAACCGGAAGCAGACCGAGAGGAAGCAAUUGCGCUUGGAGCUAAAGUUGGAUGUGAUUUUACAGACUCCACUCAACUGGUAGAUUGUUUGCGGACUGUUGAUGCUGUGACUCUUAUGAAUGCUUUCUGGCAGGUAUACACUCAGAGCUACAUUCGUGUAGACGGUAUAUUUCUGAAGGAUUCCCCGGCGAACCUCUACGCCUCAAGUUCCUUCAAGAAAGCAGCAAUCCUAGCAGGUUACAACCAAGACGAGGGCUACAUCGCAGCAAAAGACUUGUUCAGCGAAUAUCAGGGUGAUGAAGUUCCAACGAUGCCAAAGUCAAUGUACACUGCUGCACUUCCAAACGCUCUGACUGGUAACACUGAAGAUAUUGUGAUGAGAUCCGUUGACCAGCAGUAUAUAGACUGGACACAGGCUGAUAAUACGAGCGCGGACUAUCUUACUGCCUUCACCGAAGCUGUUGGUGAUCAACAAUUCUCGUGCCCAACUGAUCACCUGAUACGUGCCCAUGCCCAAUCAGGAGACACAGUCUUCCAGUAUUUCAUGACGCAUGCCCCCAGCACGUCAUAUUUCCAAUCUGGACCAGGUGGUUCUGGACCAGGCUGGCUCGGGGCGACCCAUACAGAGGAUAUCCAGUUUGUAUUCGGGUGGCCGUUUAUUCCCGAAUGGAUGGCCGAUCGUCGAGCUCUGCAUGAUGACGAAAUCGAACUGUCGGUGAAAGUCAUGACCAUGUGGACCAAUUUUGCGAAAUAUUCACACCCUGGCAAGAUGAACGCCAGCGCUGAACCAGCUGCAGAAGGCGACAACUAUUGGCCUAAAUACACUAUACCUGAGCUUGAAUACAAAGAGCUCUCCUUGGGUUUGACCACUGAUCGUGCAGUCAGAGCAAAUGAGUGUGCGUUCUGGAACUACUACGUGCCAGAUCUUAUUCGGUUUAUCGAGAGUGUAACCGAAGAUGAAAAAGAAUGGCGUGAGGAUUUUGAGAUGUGGCAAGUCGACAUGGAAGAAUGGAGAAAUGUUUUUGAUGAAUACCAACAAACAAUAGAAUGCUGAAUAAUGAUCAUAAUUCCGAGGCCAUGGGAAAAGCUGGAAAGUCAUGGAAAAUCAAUUCUUCUAAAAAGUCAUGGGAAGUCAUGAAAAAUGAUUGUGGUUGUGGGCCGUGUGUGUAUAUGGCAAUUUUAACUGACAAUGGACAUUAAAGUAUUAAUAUCAUCACCCAUUCUUAUUAUUAUUUAGUGUCAUUUAAAAAUCUGGUGAUGGACAGUCAUAAAAUUCGAUUAUCAAAUUUCUGUGGGAACCGAGACUAAUUAAUUUUUUUCUGAGAGUAUUUUGUUUUCGUCUUUAUCAGAAGUCAAGAUUGCCUUUUUAAGAUCACUUUUUUCAGGCAAACUUGAAUUCUGCUAAAGACAGUGAACGAUAUUUUCUCUGAAUUGAACAAAUAAUCCUGAAUAUUCAGCAACAGAAAUAAGGUUAAUUCAGAUAUACUUUUUUUUUUAAUGUCAGAAAAUCUCAAAAUUAGGUAUGUGUCCAACUUAACUCUAAUGCCAUAAAUGUCUUAAUGUGUCUAUCUAUAAGAAGUCCAAUUAACUUCUGUGUUACUAUUUGAAGAAGAAAAAAAAAACAAUUCUGUAAAUUAAAAGACCUAAUUAAAAGGAAAUGUGUUCUACAAACUGCAAACUAUAAACACAUCCUUAUUCAUAAGGAGAAUCU